AUUACAAUCUUUUCUCCUCUCUCUCUCUCUCUACUGAUCUCUACUUUUUGUGUUGGACGGAUCAUAACAGGAAUUAAUCAUUAAUGGCGGACUACACAAGAACCCAUCAAACGAUACUAACCGGAGACAGUACCCAACACCGUCCCAAGUCGACGCAGAUGGUGAAGGUAGCAACCGCGGUUGCAGCUGGUGGUUCACUCCUAGUCCUCUCUGGCUUAACGCUUGCCGGGACAGUGAUCGCACUCGCCGUAGCCACUCCUCUACUAAUCCUCUUCAGCCCCGUCUUGGUCCCUGCCGCGAUCACCGUCGUUCUCAUCAUCACAGGAUUCCUCGCCGCUGGUGGCUUUGGCAUAGCCUCCAUUACCGCGUUCUCUUGGCUUUACAAGCACGUGAUGGGAUCUGGAUCGGAUCAGAAGAUAGAGAAUGCUCGAAUGAAGUUUGGUAGCAGAGCGCAGGAUACCAAGUAUGGCCAGCACAACAUUGGAAUCCAGCACCAACAACCACAACCACAACAAGCUUCUUAAAAUCCGAAUAUCAGACAACGAUUUCCACAUCAAAUUUUCAUCGAUAAAUGUUUCUCUUUUCUUGUUUUUCAGACUGUUAAUUUGUGUUGUAUCUAGCGAUAAAAACAAAUGUUCGUGUUGUAACGGAUAAUAAUAACAUUGCAAUCUUUGACGUAUAAAACGUUUGUUCAUGGUUAGUCUUCAAGAUGAAAAUUCAUAAAGGAAAAGAAUGAUCAUAUAUUUAUGUCGGUGGC